UCCGCGAGCGAGCGCGACCGCGUGCGACUGCAUUAUAGUACAAUGUGCUUACCAAACUUAUUACACGAUAAACAAAACAAUCACAGUGAUCGUUCAACAACCAAUUACAACACUAAUAUGUAAAUCUCAAACUACCACUUUCAUUUUCAUUAAACUACAAUAUCAUAAUAUUUUGUUUUUGCAUUAUCGAACAUCACUCAUGAGAUGCAUUGAAUUGUGAAACCGGUAUCUAAUCUGUGUUGUGAAAAGUGUGGUGUGCAAUUUAUGGUUGUCCAGUCCCGGCUGUUAUCGAUUUUUUGACGUCACUACUUCCAAACAGCUGUUUUGGGGAUGCGGAAGCGGAACGCACUCGACCGUUGUUUCACUGUUUCGGUUUAACAAAAUCGUAAACAAUUCAAAAAUUCUAUAUUCACCAGUUAUAAACCUCAAAAUACACUAAUUCAAAUAAAACAAAAAAAAAAUAUAAACCAUUUUCUAUUAGGUAGUGUGGAAAUUAUAAAAAUAGUGAUUUUAAAUGAUAUGGCUGCAAGCAGUGUUGACUAGUGUGUGGUAAAAUAUUUAAGAAGUUAUUUAAAAACAUUUGGAUUGCAACGGUGUACACACCAAGUGUAAGUUUGUUGGUUGAAAAUAGUGUAUCAGUUUUGUGUUUUUGGAUUUGGAUUUUUAUCGGAUAUUUGGAUUACACCCUGAAACUAAGGUACAACUACGCAUUGUGUUUAUUAUAUCUGGUGAGGUGGUCCAACACGAGAGGCGAUGCUGGGCGGGGCGGCGGGGGGCGCCCGCUCCCGCCCGCCCUCUGACCUCCAGCAAGGUCUAAGCAGAUUCCCCCUGUACUCGCUGUUUCCCACGCAGGGCGCCAACAGGCCGACCAUACACAAAGUGACCGAGAGCCUCUUCUCGACGUCGCUGUCGACGUUCGGUGUGCCGACGCCGCCGCCCAACUCUCCAUACUCGCCGCUGCAGCUUGAGCUGCUCAACUGCUCGCAACGGGUGCUGCUAGCUGACAAGGAGAGCAACAAAAUGGAGGAGGCUAAACUAACAAAGUGCAUGGCGGACUCAAUGUGCUGCCCGGGCGAGCCGCGGCAGAUGAUCGACGGGCUGGGCGUCAUGCAGCCGCUGACCAUCAAAACCGAGCAGGCGAAGCGGUCCUGCAAUACUUGCCUCACCAACUCGCCCAAAAAGGUUCUUCACACAGACGGCGGCUGCAGUCGGACUAAUCCUGUAACAUGGGUCGGCGUGGCUGGCCAGAAUGUGCAGGUACAGGUGAAGCGCGAGCCACAACAGCUGCACGUCUCCGAGCUGGUGGCCGUCAAGCUAGAACAGGCUUCGCCCGGCAACAAGCCCGAACAUCCGCCGAUACCCGCCUCGCUUAAUAAUGGUUCAAUCCCGGUCGGGAUCGCUGUCGCCAGGCAACGGGUAGGAGACGCGGGCUUAUUAGCCGCGUUGUCGCAGAAAGACAACCAACAACGGCUACACGAUAUCGGCGCCACGUCAUUGUGUUGUCAUCCCGCAGACGCGACGCAGGCGGCCAUGACGGUGGGCGUGGCCAACGUGCUCUGCGAUGACCGCCCCGCCCCGCUGGCGUGGCCGGCGCCGCCCGCGCCCGCGCCCCCCGCACCACUCUGGCAGUACCCGGCCGCCCAAGUGUCAAUGGAGAGCAUGAUGGUCGGCGGCGUGGGCGUCGGCGGAGUCGCCCCCGUAGGAGGCGGGGUCUCCUCCGUCGGAGGGUUUCAAAUCGUCCGGGAGCCGACGUCAGGCGCUCUCCUCCUGCUCCCGGCGCCUCCAGAUCUUCAACACGCGGUGGUGUGGGGCGGAGUACCCUACCCCUCCGCGCCGCUACUCCUUCCCCCCGCGCCUCAUCCCUCCCACCACCUCCAGCUCCUGCCAGGGGAUCUCCUAGCAUCCACAGCGACUCUACAGCACACGCAUACCCAUUCUACAAGAUUAGUGACCUUAGCGCCGGCACCGCCUCAGCAGCAUCCGCACCAGGAUAAAAGGAAACCGAUCAUGCAGCCAAUUAUAACUCCGCAUCUGAUUAAGAUUGAACCUGAGCCUCCUCAGGAGAAGCCACAGCCGACAUUUGCCCCGGAGCCAGUGCAGCAGCCGAUCUUGACGACGCACCUGUACUACCAGCCUGAUUUCUCGGAGCAGGCGUGCAGGAGUCAGGCGACGUCACCAGCCGCUCCUCCUACCCCGCCUCCAGAAGCGCCAGAAGUCCCAGCACAUAGAGAUGCGUCGAACCAAACUGACCAUAUCGAUGAUGAAGAUGAUUCUCCCAAUCACGCUGAUGAGGAUGAGAGAGAUGUCGCGUGUAUUGGAGUAGCUCACUCACCGUAUGACGCCAGUCAGGGUCCACAAAUCCUGCCGCCAGCGAUUGACAGUGCUGAGGAGUCAUCGUCCGAAGGAUUGGCGACUUCUGCCGUAGUCGGGGCGGUGGAGAAGGCCAUAGAUGCGAUAGAACGGGAUGAGGCGAUGGUAGAUAACUCAAGUAGUGGGGGCUCACACGACCUUGUGAUAGACACCGCAAGAACGACGCCCUUACAGCAAACGGCCGCGCAACCCACGCGACCUCCUGUAGACGUCAGCGGCCUAGAACUAUUAUCAAAUAGCAUUGAGCAAUUUGAAAGGACUACACCUGGAACCAGCAUGCCUACGUUAGAAACGACUCCUCUGACUGUAGACACGAGAACUACAACCAAAGUAAAUAUAAUGAUAAAGACAUCACCUAAAUCCCCGCCACGAACAGAAGCAGAGCCUCACACAAGAUUCGAGUUCCCGCCAGCAGAUCCGACUACUAGUGAUAGUUCCAAAACUUCACUAAACGGUCUCGGCUUGCUGUGUGCCUUAGCGGAACAAAGAUUUAUGGAAGAGGUAGAGGAGAGCCCUCCAACGAAUCUGUCCAUGUCUUCCCGUCCGUUUAUAAAGAGUGAGCCGCUCCUCAGCCCCACCGAAAGGGAGAGAGAUAGGUCAGCGGAGUCAACGAGCAAGAAAGACAAACACAAGCACAGAGACAGGGAUUCGUCAAGUGAAAGGAGAAGGAAACGAAGUGGAGAUAGAGAAGAAAGACACCGGCAUAAGGCGGAAAAAAUACGACGUCAUAAGCGGGAGCGUGACAGAGACGAGGCGAGACAUACUGGGUUAGAAGUGGAGACGAGUCUGAGAGGAAUGACCGCGUGCUCCUGUGGGGCAGCGGAUUGCUCACACACUCCCACUCUCCCGCCUACUUGCCAAGCACUUGUUAAUGCGAUAGAGAAAGACAUGAGGAAACGGAUUGAAGAGUUACAGAGGCAGUACGACGAGAAGAGAGCCCAGCUUGAUGCUCUAACCCCUCCAUUAGCGCCAUUGUCAGCGCCGACAACGCCUUCUACGCCAGCCUUAUCCCCUGACUCGGACAGGGGCUCGUCCAAGAAACGCAAAGUGGGUAGACCACGAAAAGUAUCCAGUCCUGACUCUACAGAAACUAUUGUUGCGAAAAAACCCAAGUCAAAAAGCCGUUUAGUUGGCUAUUUACUUGCUAAAGGCAAGUUGAAAGGAGGAAUCUUGUGCACGAGAGGGGAACCCUCAAGAGAAGACACAAAUAGGACGAGUAAAGUUCGUCCUAAGCUCAAAGCUGAACCGAUACUAAAAGUAUGUUCCGAGGAAGAAGAAAACGAAUGGGGCCUUAACCGAUCAGCGAGUUCUUCUAUGGAGAGCCUUAAUGAAGUGAGACAAAAGAAUAGAGAGAACGUCGACAGACUAGCGAGGAAGCAUUCGAGAGACGAUUUAUCGGAAUUAGAAUUUGCGAUACGUCGAGCUAGUGCAUCAAGUGGGAGUGACAAAGAAAGGAGACGCGCUAAAAAGAGGCGGAAGAGUCUCAAGUCUAAGGAAAGGAGUGAAGUCACUGCUGAUGCUGCUGAGGCACCUAAAGAGGCCGUUCCUCCGCCGGCGUCUAAGUGCACUUUGACUGAGGAUAAAUUGGACUCCUCUCCAAGGGUGCUGACAGCUAUGGGCGGGUUGUUCUAUGCAGGGAAACUGAGUGCCGUUCAGGCGCCGGAUGUAUAUGCUAUUACACUAGACGGGGAGAGAGGCAACAAGCCUCAUAUACUGUCUAGAGAGGAAACUUUAAGGGAUGCUAUCCUCGAGGUAACACCAACAUCAGUCGCGGAGCUGCCAUCAGGUAUGAGGAUCUGCGCGUACUGGUCGCAGCAGUAUCGCUGCCUGUACCCUGGCACCGUGGCGGUCUCGUCUCCAGAUCCUCACGAUGACAAGUUCGUCGCUGUGGAGUUCGAUGAUGGUGACUCGGGGCGCAUAGCUAUCGAGGAUAUUCGAUUCUUAGAGCCCAACUACCCUGUUGUUGAUGUGUUUAUUAACAAAACACGCUCGCUGUUUACAGAAUACGAGAACCCGUUAUUCACUCUCGGCAAAAGAAGAAGAAAUACCAGUGUUAGCGUAGAAGAGAAGAAACCACCAAUAACUUUAGAAGUUAAAGCAUCAACGUCCGUCGAACCAGCGAAGCCGAAAGCAGAAGAAAGACAUAAAGACAGAAAGAAAUUCAAGAAACAUAGGAAAGAAAAGAUCAAGCGGCAUUCAAGUGAAGAUGAUCCCAACGUAGAUUACGUCAAAAAGAAGAAAAAGAAACACAAAUGCUGCGAAGAACAUUGCAAGCAUAGAAGGCAUCAUAAAAAACACCACAGAAAACACAGAAAAAGACACCACUCAAGUUGCAAAGAGCAGUCCAGUUCUUCCGGAGAUGACAAUCAAAGACAAAAGUCGUCUUCUGAUUAUAUCGAUUCUAAUAAAUCAAAUGAAGAUUCUGGAGAUUCUAAUGACAGACUAUCGACGUUAAUCGCUGUGGAGAAAUCGCCGGAAGAAAUGAAAACUGUUAUCAAGAAAACAGUGUUAUCCAAGAAGAGUUUGGUUAAGAAUGCUGUUCUAGACUUUAGCAACAUUGGAAAGAUCGCGUUGAAAGAGGAAGAAAAGAAAGAUAAUUUGAAAGAUAGUGGCAUUGUGCUGGAGGAAGAGCCAGUGCCUUCUACCAGUGAAGGACCUAAGAAGAAGAACAAACGUCGCACGGUGUCAUCGACGUCAUCGGACGGAGGCGGCGGCGGCGGCGUCAGUAAGAUGGCGGCGUUCCUCCCGGGCGGCGCGCUGUGGCGCUGGCUCGGGCCCGCGUACCGCCGCACUGCUCGCCCGCGACACCGCAAGCUGUUCUACCGCGCCAUCCAGCGGGGCGAGGAGACGCUACAUGUGGGCGAAGCAGCGGUGUUCCUGUCGACAGGCCGCCCGGACCGGCCGUACAUCGGGCGCAUCGUGGCGCUGUGGGAGGCUCGCGGCGCCAUGGCCGUGAGGGUCAACUGGUUCUACCAUCCGGAGGAGACCGCGCCCUGCCGCGACACCUUGAAAUAUCCGGGUGGUCUCUUCGAAUCCCCGCAUACAGACGAGAACGACGUCCAGACGAUAUCGCACAAGUGUGAGGUGUUGCCGCUGGCGCAGUACAAGGAGCGCAUGGGCGACGACCCGGUGCGCUACAGCUCCGUGUACGACAACAACGACGUGUACUACCUGGCCGGACACUACGACCCCACGCAGCAGACUAUGCGCAUGGAGCCCGACAUACCCUUCCUUAACAAGACUACCCCCUAAAGAGUUAUGGGCGCCUGGUUGAUACUAUGCGAUAAUGCACCUCGUGAGGUCAUUUUUUUUAAACACAUACACAAUCUUACUGAGAAUUGCAUACAUGGUGUAUGCAGUAGUUUUAUGACAGCCUGGUAUGAACAAUAUAUUAUAUGAGUGAACUGGACUUUAGGGGGGGCUAAUUCAUACCAGCUUGGUAUUACGAUACAAAAGACAUUGAAACACCAUAAUAAUACAAUGGAAUUGGUUAAUUAUUUCACAAUAACUUGGUAUCAAGUGUUUGAAUGGAUUGAAAGACGAUAAUUAGUGAAUAGUCAAAGUUGUUGGACAUUACUCACACUGGUGACAUUCAUUAUUUACAGAAAAGACUGGAAUAUCUGAACUGUGUAAGAUAAAUACACCCGACAUUAAACACGUACUUCCGGAUUCACGCAAGCUAACAGAUUUUAUCAUUGUUGUCAAAAUAAAUAAUUUAUAGUGCAAUUAAACAGAUUUGAUCGUUGAAUACAAUUCAUUUUCCGUAUAUAAUAGUUGAAUUGAUGUGUAGAGCGUGUUCGUUGUAGAUUUCUUCCACAAUAUCCCGUACGGUGUAGUUUUCAGGCGCAAGUACAACGUAGGUUUUGUGAAUGGUGAGAGAUGGUGAGAUGGUGAGACGGUAAGGUUGCCAUCAUCCGAGCGUGUGAGUUACCUUGUUGCGUUCAAUGGCGGAGCGUCAAACGAUGGAGCUGAUGUGAUUUAUUUUUUUAUAAAUAUAAUCUCAGUGUAUAAAACUGUAUUUUAUUAACAUUAGAUUUUUAUGUAUACGUAGAUUUUUUCAAUAUACUAAAAUAUGUCUAUUAAUUUAAUCAUUUUGCAAUACUGUUCCAGCUAGUCCUAUCAAAAUUGAAUCUGCGCUUCGUUUUGUUUCCGCUGUCACUAGCGUUUCUCUCGAUGUUUGUUACAUUGUUUAUUUUUUUAUUUUCUAUUUUUAUAUAUUUUUGGUUGAUAAUUUUAUGUUGAAUUGAAUUGUAUAUUAUUAUCGAAAUGGUGCUAGACGCUUGAUAUACUACUCGUUUAUUUCCCCCUAGUUAAGAUGUAUAUACAUAAGUUUGACACGUAGUUGUAUGCGUUAGAUAUAAGCCGACUUCGCGGUGUUUCUUUCGGUUUAAUCAUUUAACUGUCUGCUUGUACUCUUGGACCGUUGCAAUUUGUUGUUAAACCCUUUCCGAUUGAGAGUUUACUAUUAAUGGAACUAAUAUAUUGAUGAUUGUGCUAUUUAACUUAGGUUGUCUGUACGCCCUGUGACUAUAACUGUCCUAAACAUUUGCGAUCUUGGAUAAUUAACGUAAAGUACCGAUUUCAUAAUUGUAGAAAGCGUUUAAUAAAUAUAUAUCCAAUACUCAUCAAAAGUAAGCGAAUUUGAACUUAAAAAUGACUCUCGUCUGCUGUCAUAUAGUCUUAUGUUAAAUCAACUGUGCGAUCAACAGAUGGCGCUUAUUUAAAUGUUUGCGACACAUGUAUGCGAAGAACUCAAAAUCUGAGAGGGUUGUCUAUGUAUAUUGUUUACUUAUAAUGAUUUGACAGGGUAUGAUCGAGCCCUUAUUUGUAAUACUUAUUAUAUCGCGUAUUAUAUAAAGGGACUGAAAAGACAGGGAUGUAGGUAGGACGACCAAGGGUUAGGGCUCUAGGGUAGGUUUUAUACAAAACGGCCGAUUACGUUUUAAGCGGAAAAAUAAGCCUUCAUGUUAACGUUAGGUUUAACGAUGUAAUCUUAAUCAUUUAGUUUAUCUUCAAUUUGAAAUGGCCGAAUAAUUUGGUCUCGAAUUUUCGAUGUUUCAAAAUCUUUACAUAUUUUGCGUACUUCAUACGUUCUGUUAACGUGUACUCUAGAGGUAAGUUAUUAAGUUUUAAGCGAACCGUGUCAUUAUGAUUUCUGUAACCUUCGAAAAUGAAUGUAAAAUUGGAUACAAAUUAUGCAAUCAAUUAUAUAUAGAGAAACAAAAGUGCGAAUUUGGUAACAAUAUUUAGAGCGAACGUAUUUUUAUAACUAUCCAUGAGAAUGUACUUUUCUUAUUUUUUAAACUAAUAUCAGAUUUGAAGUUAUUAUAAAGAAGUACAAACUUGUUGAAGAUUUUUGGCUCAGCCCGACUGUAUACUGAUUACUUAACGUGUGACUUGGGGCGGAGGACACCGCCUCCGACAAUGGCGGCGACGUUGUCUCUGGGCGUUGCAUCGCCCGUCACAAGGGAAGCCAUAAAAUUUUUAGAGUUAAAGAAUUAAUAAUAUAUCAUAAUUGAUAAUAUAAAGAUUAUAAAUACGCUUAAAUAAAAUA